AUGGCCUCGCCAAGAUGCUUCUUCCUAGACCUACCUUGCGAGAUUCGUCUCGACAUCUAUGCCCUUCUCCUUGUCCUCCACACUCCCCUGGAUAAAGUCAGCCCAUCCUCACCGCAAACAUGGCUCCAUCCCGCAAUCCUCUCCGUCAACCGGCAAAUCCACGCAGAGGGGACGCCCAUACUCUAUGGCAACAACAUAUUCCUCGCGCACGCCAAACUCCUCGCCUCCUUCCCGCGCCUGCGGCCAUGGUACCCGCCUGUCCGGGAGCGCUCCGUGCUCCCGCGCAUCCGCCGCUUCCAUAUCCGGCUGCGACUGGACUGCGACCUGGCGUUCGAUGCUGCGGCCGCGACGGCGGCGUUCAGCGGCGUGGACGAGCUUGUCGUUGAGGUGUGGCAGGCUGCCUUCCAGAGUGCGGAUCAUGGUGCGCUGCGGGUGUUUGAGGGAGUCCGGGAUGUCAAGACUGUCAGGGUCUAUGGGAGCAUCACGGGAUUUGAGGACUACGUGGGCUGGCUUGAGGGCGUGAUGCUCUACGACGGUGAAAUCGAAGACGACAAAGACGCUGGUCCUGUCGGGACGAUGCCGUCUUAA